CCACCACCUCGCUCAGCCCCUUUGCAUCAUCCUCUCCUAUCCAUCUUGCAUCCGCCACCCGCACCUCUCUUCUGCUCCAACAAGCAGCCGCCUUUGCGCCGCUGCGCUGCGCCCCUGCCGUCUCAUUGCCCAGCACUCGCCCUCACUCGCGCCAGCAUGUCCACCAGCGGCGCCGGCGACAACAAGGACGCGCCCAUGGGUCCGUCGCUUGACGAACUCCUCCGUCAGGCAGAGGAGCGCUGGCGUGCUGCGGCAGAGUACGGAGCUGAGGACGAAGAGAUGGGAGAUGAGGAUGAGAUGGGAGAUGAGUGGGACGAGUCGGACGACUCGUCAGUGAUGCCGACGCAGAACCUCAGCGGCCCGGUAUGGGCGUGGCUCAUGCUGCGCUACAUGCACGAGUACAUGCCGCUGCACAAGCAGAGGGUCGGUGGUACCUGGCCCGACGAUGGCUUCGGCUUUGCUCUGCACGUCGAUGGCGGUCACGCCAGCUCCGCGUUCGACAUCGAGCGCCUCGUGUCGUCUCUCUGCGGCUACCUCAAGUAUCUGCUGCCGCUGCACAAGAGCCAGGAGGAGUACGACGCAACUUUCGAUGCCAGAGUGCUCAGCUCCAUCGCCAAGGCCAUCAUCGGCUUCACCGACAGCGUCUGCCAGGUGGCAUGUGGCGACGACACGAUGAAGUACUGCUUCUUGAGCGAGCUGGUCAUUGAGGACGAGGAGCGUGGCGUGCGCAGCCAAGUCAAGCGCUGCCGCGACGAGCUCAUUACGGAGCACAACAUGGCCUACGUGUGCAGCCUGGACAACCGCAUCAUGACGUGGCCGCACGUCGCAGUCUUCUGCAUCAACGAGGUGCAGGAGCAACGCCAGCUGGCUCGCAUUGUGGCAGCGCAGGAGAAGAUGCUCGAGGACUACAAGUGGGAUCUGAGCGUGCAGAACGUCCGCAAGGCCUGCCUCAAGUGGAUGGCCGAGCACAGCAGCUGCCCCUUCUGCCCGCUCCACGCCAGCUUCAACGGCGCGGCUGGCACGCACCUCGACAACACGCAUCCCGAGGUCUUCACUGCGCUUGCUGCAGGCGCUCCGCUUCCUCAGGACAGCAUCAGCACGGCUCUGCGUUACGAGAAGCAGCCAGAGCUUGGCACCGACCUCCUGCGCUUUCUCCUGCAUUCGGAGACCGCAAAGCCCUGCACGCAGAGUGCAUGGGCUCAGCGUGCCGCGUCGUCGAGCUCGCGCCAGAGCUAAGCGCGCUCGUCGCUGCUGCCGCUGCCGCUGCCACUCCUCAGAGCUUCAUCCGUUCGUCCGUCUGUCCACAAGUCUGCGUCCUCCUCUCUCUGUCCCGUCCGUCCGUUUGUCAACAUUCCGGUAGCUCCCAUCCCAGUUCUCAUAUCGCUGCUGCCUGUGCCCUCUGUACGCAUGUCUCACGGCGAUUGGCACGUAAAUGGUCACCUCUCACCUCC